GGUGUGAUGGUGGGUAUGGGUCAGAAGGACAGCUACGUAGGUGAUGAGGCUCAGAGCAAGAGGGGUAUCCUGACCCUGAAGUAUCCCAUUGAGCAUGGCAUCAUCACCAACUGGGAUGAUAUGGAGAAGAUCUGGCACCACACCUUUUACAAUGAGCUGCGUGUGGCCCCUGAGGAGCACCCCACCCUGCUCACUGAAGCCCCCCUGAACCCCAAAGCCAACAGGGAGAAGAUGACCCAGAUCAUGUUUGAGACCUUCAACGUUCCCGCCAUGUAUGUGGCCAUCCAGGCUGUGCUGUCCCUGUACGCUUCUGGCCGUACCACUGGUAUCGUGCUGGACUCUGGUGAUGGUGUGACCCACAAUGUGCCCAUCUAUGAGGGUUAUGCUCUGCCACAUGCCAUCAUGCGUCUGGAUCUGGCUGGUCGUGACCUGACCGACUACCUGAUGAAGAUCCUGACUGAGCGUGGCUACUCUUUCGUCACAACUGCUGAACGUGAGAUUGUGCGUGACAUCAAGGAAAAGCUGUGCUAUGUGGCUCUUGACUUUGAGAAUGAGAUGGCCACCGCUGCCUCCUCCUCCUCCCUGGAAAAGAGCUAUGAGCUGCCCGACGGUCAGGUCAUCACCAUUGGUAAUGAGCGUUUCCGUUGCCCAGAGACCCUGUUCCAGCCCUCUUUCAUUGGUAUGGAGUCUGCUGGUAUCCAUGAGACCGCCUACAACAGCAUCAUGAAAUGUGACAUUGACAUCCGUAAGGACCUUUAUGCCAACAAUGUGCUGUCUGGUGGUACCACCAUGUACCCUGGUAUUGCUGACCGUAUGCAGAAAGAGAUUACAGCUCUGGCCCCAAGCACCAUGAAGAUCAAGAUCAUUGCCCCACCUGAGAGAAAGUACUCCGUCUGGAUCGGUGGCUCCAUCCUGGCUUCUCUGUCCACCUUUCAGCAGAUGUGGAUCAGCAAGCAGGAAUACGAUGAGGCCGGCCCCUCCAUUGUCCACAGGAAAUGCUUCUAAACACACAACCAACCUCCUUUCGUCCAUGCAUUUGUACGUUAUUGUCUCCUGUAUAUAUAUGUUUAUGUUCUGUUGUAAUAAAGAUAAGCCCUUGUG